AUGGACAACAAGUUUCCGGAAAAUGCUCAAAAACGCUAUCAUCUACUAAAUUCUAUACAGUUUUGGCAUCUGUUGUUGAUAUGGUGGAUACCAAUGGAUAUUGGAUUGUCCAUUCAUUUACUCAGUAACAUUAACAGCCUGACGGAAAUAAUAAAGGUUUUCUUUAUAUUUGCAACAAAUUUAAGUGCAUUGGCGAAAUUUGUAUCCGUACGAAUUUUUAAUCGAUCGUAUACUUCAGUUUUUGAAUCCAUGUAUAAUAAGGACUUUUUACCAUUGGAUGCAGAGGAACAUCGUAUCUAUAUGCUUACAAUGGAAAGAUGUCGUUCAAUGCGAAAUAAAUACGCAACUUUAUCGAUUAUGGCUCUAUUGACUUUAAUGUGUUUUCAAGCGAUUUUCGAUCCGGGAAAUUUACCACUUUCCACAUAUAACCCAUUUGAUUUGACCAUCAGAUGGCAUUUCAUAGUCGCAUAUAUCUAUCAGUUUAUUUCAAUUUCUCUUCGUUGUCUUACAAAUAUAGCCUUUGAUUCUUUAGCUGCAUCAUUUUUUAUCUACAUUAAAGGACAAAUCGAUAUAUUAGCUUAUCGCCUAGAGAAUAUUGGUAAAAAUACUAAUUUUGACGAAGUAAUUACCUAUCAGUUGAAGGACUGUAUGCGGUUAUAUGGAAAGCUAUUGGAUCUGGCAGAAACAAUGGAGAGUCACAUUACAAAACAAUUUUCAAUACAAAUAUUCUGCUCAGUACUUGUGCUUAUUGCUAACUUUUAUGCCAUGACCACUAUUUUAAAAGGCUUUGAAGUAUCAAGUUUCAUUACCUAUCAUAUCUGCAUGAUGACUCAAAUAUUUAUUAUAUGCUAUUAUCCUAAUGAACUUUCUAUAUGCAGUGGCGAACUGUCUUAUGCGGUCUACAAAUCGAAUUGGAUAGCUUGGAAUCAUUCCAAUAAAAAAUUGGCAUUGCUGAUGAUGUUGCGUUUCAAUACGCCCAUCCAUAUUAGAACAGUGAAUCGAUGUUAUUCAUUUAAUUUGAACAUGUUUACAUCGAUCGUGAAUUCAUCAUAUAGUUAUUUCGCUUUAUUAAAGAAAAUGAAUAAUUGAGGAUAUGAAGGAAACAAUUAACUAACAAU